AUGCUUCGACGACCCGCAGGGAAUAAGCUGGGGCUCCUCGGUUUCCGGUCGCUCGUAUACUGCAACCCAAUUUCGACAUACCCACAUGCCGUCCUUCCCCGAUUUCAGAGUGACUGGCGUCGCAAACAUGAAGCCGAUUCCGAUGAACACCGGGAUAACUCAGUGCACCCGAAUGCUGAGCGCGAACAAUCGCGCGACUUGAGAGAUUUUGAAAAACAAAGACGUGAGAGAAUCAGGUUUCCAUUGGAGGUGGAUUCCCUCGGAAAGCCAGGGGAGAUUGUUGUCAUGCCCUCACUAGGUCGCAAACGCCGCCGAAGAAAGCCUGGAAAUGAACUCGAAGCCACCAAUGAAACUCGUGAUACUAUCAGCUCCAUAUUGGGUGAUCUUGAUGAUGAGAAGUCAUUGCCCAGCGAAACCUCAAUCCAGCAAAGAAUCGAAGAAAUGCGUGGAUCAUACCAAAUGGGCGAGACGAUUCCUGAUCUUGUCUUUGAACAAUUGCGGACACAAUUGGCGGCCUCUUUCACAUUCAAGCAACUGUCGGAUUACAUUGCGGAAUACGACCGUAAUACUACGGUGGACGACAAAGGCUGGACAUGGGGCCCGAGUCAGGGCAAAGGACCCGGAACGGCCGAAAAGCUCAAGGGAAAGGCCCUGCUUGCAGAAAUGAUCGCUCGGGAUCGUUGGCAGCUGGUCGUAGCUGCCGAGUUCGGUCGGCUUGAGUUUCACAUACCAGCUCGGCUGAUGUCCUUGCUUCGCCACGCCGGGCAUUUCUCCUUCCAUGAACUAGCUAGUCUCCAUGGCUGUGGCAUUGACAUCACACACAAGACUGGCUUGGUUGCACUUACUGGUAAACGAGGUGAAUGCGAGCAUGUCCGCGAGAUUAUCAUGGAUGCCACUGCCAGAGCCUGCGAGGAUGCUGUCGGAAUCUACUCAUAUACCGACUCAGAGAGCACUAGUCAGAUAUUUACAGCGGACUUCUUACAAUGGGUCAACAAAACCUACGGGGUAUUUGUGGAACGCAGACCUCACAAAAUUCCAGAAAAGAUACUUUAUCUAGCUGAGAACAAGCUGGGAGCUGAAAAUGCUCGGAGGACCUUGAACUUGGCCUUGUCCAACACCACAUCUCUAUCGACGCCCUUUUCCACCUACCUGCCCUCUUCGGAACUUGCCAGUAUCUAUCACCACACCCCGGGAGCUCAUGCUUCGUGGUUUGAGAAGCAAAAUCCAUGGUUCCGAUGGGCCAUGUCUUCCAGUCAACAUGAAAAGGCAGAGGCACAGGAAACACCUUUCUUCGACAAGCAUCAAACACGACUCUCCGAUGAGCUGCUGAGACUUCUCCGAGUUGAUGGUUCGAAAGCCGGUCUAGCCGCCGGCCUACAUGAAUCUGUGACUGCUGUGGUCGGGAAAUGCCUGUUCAUGGAGGAGUCCUCCUUCGAAGCUCCAGCUGUCAGCCCGGCACAGUUGGGGGCCUUGUCUCUUCCACGGAUAUUCACAACUGACACGCCUUGGGUGUCUCGUUUUAUCGAAAAACUCUCACCUAUCACCGCCAAUGACGAAGUAAAGGUAUAUCGACUACGCUUGUCUCCAACUUCCAACGCUGGAUCCCUUCCAGAACUCGAGUUUGAGGUCUCCAUGAAUCCGUCUUUGAAAUAUGUGGAUUUCCGCACCCUGAAGGCCAUCAAGAGCACCAACAGCGUUGAUUAUCUGCUCCCGGAAAACGGGUUGGACCUUCGUUUCACACGAACUGUUUCUCAGGACCUUUUACUCAAGCCAUCAUCCCCUCCAGAGCACAUGCAAGGCUUAUCCGAACAACUUUCGCAUGAACAUUCUCUUUCACCAGAGAUCCAAGCUAUGCUUCAGAGCCUCAGAGACUCUGUCCAGAGUACCUUUGUCAGCGGCGAGACUUCGCAGUGGCAUGUACCAGCUCCUACGUUCUGCAACGUCUCUCUUCCCCGUGAACUGAUCCAACAACCUACCUCCCGAAAGGUGAAACUCGUUGAGUCAGGUGAACCAACCUCAGAGAACAGUGUCACUGUUGAAUACAUGUUCCAGCCGCUCAACGAUGUUCGAGGCGCUCUGGUUCGAACCUAUGACUUUGAUGGGCGACCACUUGAUUAUCGGUACUACGCCAGCGGUCCUUUCCUUGCUAGCCGGACGAACGAGGUGUCUCUUGGCAUGGACAUCCCCCAAGCUGACUCGGCUGCUGGAAGUGACCAGUCCGAGUUGCUUGAGCACGAGUUCCAUUCAUUCUAUAACGCAGCAUGCGACAUGGCCUUCCAAAUCCACGGUGGCAGAGAUGUGGAUUGA